GACCUCGGGUGGCACAGACCUCGGGUGGCACAGACCUCGGGUGGCACAGACCUCGGGUGGCACGGGCAGAUCUCUAAAUACCUGUGACCAGGGACUGUGGGGCAGCGAUGAGGAGCUCUGUGCUCUGAGGCACCACACAGAGCCACCACAGCCCAGGAGACACAGCAGCGACCUCAAACAGGACCAUCCCAGAACCUGCAAGGAGAACCCCUGACCUGUUCGUGGUGAUCCCAGAAAGCUGAGCAGGGCACCAUGAGCAGCCCCCAGCCAGUAAAAACCUUCAAGAAAUCUGCUAUCCCAGGGGUUCUCAUCACCCAGUUUGUGAAUGAUGUUCCAGAAGGAUGCAGUACACCCGACUUUGAGAGGAAACCUCUCACUCUGACCCUGCAGGAAGGUAAAAAUGCCAUUUUCAGAGCUGUGGUCAAAGGUGUCCCAACCCCAGAGGUGAAAUGGUCACGUACACGAAAAGGGAUGGAUGAUCCUGCCAAGUAUGAAAUGUCCUUCAAUAGUGCCACAAAUGAAUUCAUUCUGCAGAUCAACAGGCUGGUGAUGGAUGACAGUGAUUUGUACCGGUGCUGUGCUGUCAAUGAGUACGGGGAAGCUUCCUGCUCCGUGGGCCUCAGGAUCAUCCAAGUUGGCUUUAAGAGGAAAGUAAAAUAUGUUCCUGUUCAUGCUGCUGAUGAGCUCAAGAAGACGCUCCAGGACUCCAAGAAGCUGCUGAGGAAGAGGGUUGUAGCACCAAAACCCAAACCCCUGGACAAAGAGGCCGUGUGGCAGCUGCUGCUCCACGCAGACAGGAGAGACUAUGAGAAAAUCUGCCUUAAAUAUGGAAUUGUUGACUUCCGUGGGAUGCUGAGGAAGCUGCAGGAGCUGAGGAAGGACGCAGAGAGUGAACAAGAUGAGUUAAUUCACAGUAUCAAAAACUUGGAACACAUCAAAGUCAACAAGGAGGGAAAUGCCACGUUCAGCCUGGAGAUGGAGCUGAAAAACAAAAACAGCAACGUGUAUCUGCUCAAGGACGGGCAGCGGCUCCGCUACGGGACGGGGGAUGAGUACAGGAAGCACUGCCUGAGGAGGAUUGGGAGGAGGUACCACUUCAUCAUCAACGACGUGCAGCCAGAGGAUGCAGGCGUGUACCAAGUCAGGGUGGAGGACGUCCCUGUUUUCUCCACUGAACUGGAUGCUGAAGCCAUCCCCGCCCGGUUCCAGCAGCCGCUCAGCGACGUGCGCUGCCCCGAGCAGGGCGAUGCCGUGUUCCAGUGCAUCCUGCGCACCCCCUGCCACCGCCCCGCCUGGCUGCACAAGACACACGCCCUGCAGGCCGGCCCCAGGCACCACAUCUCCGUGUCGCCCGACGGCCUCACCCACCAGCUCGUCAUCAAGAACGUGGAGCCCUCGGACAGCGGGAUGUACACGCUGGAAGCGGGGCAGGGAUCCUCCAGCGCCUGGCUGCUCGUGGAGUAUGCCAAAGGGAAGAAGAGACAGGAUGAGGAAAUAAUUGAAAAAAUCGAAAGGGAGACAUCUGAGUGGCUGAAGGAGACGAUGGCAGACAAUGAAAGGGCGAGGAAACUUCGGCGCCAGGAACGUGCUGGGGAUGAAGGUCAUGCCAUGGACACCGGUGUGGAAAAAAAGGGCUGGUACAGGAAGGGUCAAGGCAGCAGCCAGGACAGAGGCCAAGGCAGCGGCCAAAGCAGCAGCCAAGGCCACUCCAUGGAUACUGAUGAUGGAAGCCAAAUAUUUUUGGGAAAAGAGGGGCUCCGCAAAACCCACCUGAACGGAGGGAUGGGGCCUGGGCAGUUUUCUGGAGCAGAUCUAGAUGGAGACUCAGUGACAAAUGAUGGCAGCAUCUUUGGAUUAAAAGGCUUAGGAGGCAAAGGUGGAUUAAGGCCUGUGCACGGCCAGGACUCUGUGCCAGGCAGGGAAGGUCCUGGGGAUGGAGCAGGAGGAGCAGGGGGACGGGAUUCUGUGGCUGGCAGAGGAGAGGGUGUGCUGGGUGCUGGUCACGUGGGCAUGGAUGGUGGAGAAGGUUUGGGCUCUUGGCAUGACAAGGAUGGAAAUUUAGGUGAUCCCAGCUCCAGAGCUGGCUUUGGGGGUGUUGGGAGGUUUGGUGCCACUGAUGGAAGUUCUGUGCCAGAUGGGCUCGGCCCUGGUUCAGCCGGGGUGGGAGAUGGUGUGGGGGAUCUGUUCAGCAGGGCUGGCCCAGGGGCUGCAGCGUGGGGGAGUGCUGCAGGGCCUGCAGGAGGAAUGGGGUCCCACCAUGGCAAGGGUGGUGAUCUGACUGUGGGUGACAUGAACGGAGCAGGGAUGGACAGACAGGGCCAAACAGGGGCUCCCUAUGGCAAGGACGGCCUGGCACCUCAUGCCAGUGCUCAGUUGGGUCAGGGGGGCAGGGCUGGCUCGCUGUAUGGCCCAGGUGGCUUUCCAAGUGCAGAUGGGGCUCUACCUGGGGCAGGUGGCAGUUCUGUAGGAGAAAUGGGGGCUUUCUAUGGUCCAGAUGGUCGGCCACUUGGAGCAGGGGCUGGUGCUGCUGGUGGUUCAGGUGCAGGGGGAUUUGGGGCUCCCUAUGGAAAGGAUGGUCUCCCAGCUGGAGCUGGGGUUGGAGGUGCUGGUGGUGCUGGUGCUGGUGUUGGUGGUGCUGGUGCAGGGGGAUUUGGGUCUCCCUAUGGAAAGGAUGGUCUUCCAGCUGGAGCUGGUCUUGGUGGUGCUGGUGGUGCUGGUGCAGGGGGAUUUGGGUAUCCAUAUGGAAAAGAUGGCCUCCCUGCUGGUGCAGGCACUGGUGGAGCUGCAGGUGGUGGCUUUGGAGGUGUUGGGUCUCCUUAUGGAAUGGAUGGUUUCCCAGCUGGAGCAGGUGCUGCUGGUGCAGGGGGAGUUGGGGCUCCCUAUGGAAAGGAUGGUCUCCCAGCUGGAGCUGGUGUUGGUGGUGCUGGUGUAGCUGGUGCAGGGGGAGUUGGGGCUCUCUGUGGAAAGGAUGGUCUCCCAGCUGGAGCUGGUGUUGGUGGUGCUGGUGCAGGGGGAGUUGUGUCUCCCUAUGGAAAGGAUGGUGUUCCAGCUGGAGCUGGUGUUGGUGGUGCUGGUGGUGCUGGAGGAGUUGUGUCUCCCUAUGGGAAGGAUGGUGUCCCAGCUGGGGCUGUGGCAGGAGCUGCUCCUUUUCUCCUUGGAGGUGACGGAGCGAUGGGAUCCCAGCGUGGCAGGGACGCUGGGCUGGGCAGAGCUCCGGGAUAUCCAGGGGGAGCAGGAGGAGAGAACUUUUCCAUGGAAGGGGGGGGUGUGGGUGGCUCUGCAGUGUGGGGCACUGGGUCUCCCUACGGCAAGGACGUGGGAUCAUCUGGAGCCUGGGCUGGUGCAGGAGCUGGUGGGAGGUUGGGAGGGGAUGGAAGGGAUUCAUUCCUUGGUAAAGGAGGUGUGGGAGGUGGUGGUGGACCAGGUGGUGAAUAUGGAAAGGGCAUUGCCAGUGAUGCCAGAGGAUCAGGGAACCAAGGUUCAGCUGGUGACAGAGGGUCACUGUCAGGUCAAGGAGAUGUCUGGGGUGAGGGCAGAGAUUUGGGACAGUUGGGCUCCCUUUAUGGCAAAAACUCUGCCUUUGGAGGGGCAGGGAGCAAAUCCUGGAACAGACCUGUUGAUGGGAGCAGUUCAAGUGGUUUUGGUCAAGGUCCACCCAGUCAUGACCAGAUGUCAGCUCUUUUUGGUGGGCUUGCCCCAGCAAGCCAGAGAAACGAGGAACCUGACCUGGAUGUGAAAGCAAAGGAUCUCCCAACCAGCACGGAAAGUACAGCCCAGAAGAGACGGUCCUGCCUGGAUGAUAUCAAAGUCCCUCGCUGUUACCUCAACAAGCAGCUGGCCACGGUGCGGGUGGUGAAGGGGGACCCAGCCGAGCUCUCCUGCACCGUCAGCAAGGAUGACGUGACAGGAACCUGGUUCAAGGACGGGCUGAAGUUGACAAGCAUGCAAGGAGUCGUGUUUGAAAAGAAAGGUCUAGUCCACAAACUAAUCAUUAACAAAGCCGAAGAUAUUCAUGCUGGGAAAUACAGGUUUGAAGGUGGAGAUGUGAAAACUGAGGCUUCAAUUUUUGUUGAAGACCCUCCACAGGUUGACAAAGUUCUCCUCAAGAACCUGAGCAGUGUCCCCACAGUGGCCAAGGCGGGGCAGGCGGUGAAGGUCAGGAUCCCCUUCGAGGGCCGUCUGCCCAUCAGGGCCACGUGGCUCAAGGACAAGAUGGAGCUGGCAGAUGACACCAGGAUCCGUGUGGACAAAACAGACACCCACACCACGCUGUCCAUCCCCAGCUGCGACAGGAGGGACUGUGGGGAUUACAAGGUCAGGCUGAAGAACGACAGCGGAGCCCUGGAGAUCAACUUAAAGCUCGUGGUCAUAGACAAGCCACAGCCACCAGCAGGACCCAUCAAAGUUGUGGAGAGCUCUGCCAACGCCAUCACCAUCCAGUGGCAGCCCCCGAAGGACGACGGGGGCAAACCAGUGCAGAGGUACCUCGUGGAGAGGCAGCAGGCAGGCAAGAACGACUGGGAGACCUUGGGAGACACCCCCAGGAGCUGCACCACCUUCACCACCAACAAAGUGGAAGAAGACACGAGCUACUACUUCAGGGUGAGGGCCGUGAACGCGGAGGGGACGAGCGACGCGCUGGAGUCGGGCGAAGUGAAGGCGGCUGGCAAAGCUUCCCCUGGUGCCCCAGAUCCCCCUGAGAUCGUCAGUGCCAGCAGGGACAGCGUCACAAUCUCCUGGAAAGCCCCUCGUAAAACUGGCACUUCCCAAAUCAGGGGAUACAUCGUUCAGAAACGCAAGAAGGGCACCAUGACCUGGCUGCCAGUCACCAAUGGGCCUGUGAAAGACAAGAAGCUGAAGGUGACCAACCUCAAGAAGGGUGUGCAGUACGAGUUUCGGGUGGCAGCUGUCAAUGCUGCUGGCACAGGAGAUGCCAGCGACCCCUCCCAGCCCGUGUUUGCCCGGGACCCCACGAAAUCCCCGGGCCAAGUGCAGGAGCUCAGAGUGAGCAGCUGUGACGGCACCAGCGUCACCCUGGCGUGGAACAGGCCCGAGGUCAAGGAUGGGAAUGAAGUGAAGGGCUACGAGGUGGAGAUGAGGCCUUCCCACGGCUCCAGCUGGACCAAGUGCCUCACCCUCCCUGCAGAGGCCACCUCGGGCACCAUCAAGGGCCUCCAGCCCAAGGAGAAAUAUUUCCUGCGUGUGAGGGCCCUCAACGACAGCGGCCCCGGGGAGGCCGCGGAGCUCGAGGCCGUCAUGGAGGCCGCGGCCCCCACGGUUCCCCCCAGGUUACUGAUCGACGACACAGUGAAAAACCUCCUGGUGAUCAGAGCAGGAAACCCCAUCCGGGUGAAUAUUCCCUUCGAGGGCUCUCCCGAGGCAGUGCUCUGGUUGAAGGAUGGGCUCCCCCUUCCCGGCCGGGCUGCCGUAAAAACCCAGGAUGGCUCCACCCGGCUGCUGAUCGGGACAGCAGAGCUCGGGGACAGCGGCUGCUACAGCGUGGAGCUGCUCAACGGGCUGGGCAAGAGAGAGACCUUCAGCUUCCAGGUGCAAAUCACAGACAUCCCACAGGCUCCUGGACCACUGAGGUUGGAAGAGAAUGUUCCCAACACAGUGACAGUGACCUGGGAACCAUCAGCAUCCGAGAAGUGGGAGAAGAACCUCUACUACACCGUCCUGAAGCGGGAGUCCCAGAAGGGCGUGUGGCACGUGGUGGGGGACCUGCUCUACAACAACAAGUUCACGUUCACCAGCGUGAUCCCAGGCAGGGAUUAUUACUUCAGGGUGGUGGCCAAGAACAGCCUGGGAGCCAGUGCUCCCUCUGAAACUGUGCAGCCUUGGAGGAUUCGAAAAGCAAAGGCCGAGAUCUGGGUCAGACCCCAGAGGUACAGGGGAGUCAACCAAAACCAGCACCCGAGGUUCCUGGUCCCGCUGAAGCCCCACGUGGUGGUGACAGGCAGUGAGUGUCACAUGAGCUGUGCAGUGGGGGGCCACCCCCCCCCAAAAGUCACCUGGUACAAGGACAGCAGAGACCUCUCCAACGACCCAAACUACUUCUGCACAAACGUCUUCGGGGUCUGCUCCCUGGUCAUCCUGGGGGUCACCAAGCAGGACGCAGGAGAAUACAUGGUGGAAGCCUCCAAUGAAGUGGGUCGUGUCUCCAGCAGAGCCUUCCUCGCCAUCAAAGACUCCGCCCUGUAGUUUGACCCUGCCAGGAACAUCUCUGCCCUGCUCUGUGGAUGAGAAGGUUUCAGUGAGGACUGGGCCAUACCAAGCCUGUGCAUUUAUUUUCAGAUGUUCACUGUAGCCUGAGGGGUUCAUUUUUCACACCCAGUAAUUGCAUUUUGAACACGACGCUGCGUUUUAGUCAAAAUCAGGGGGAAAAUGCUUCAAGAGAAUUGUAUUUUUAUUUUUGUAACAAUCAUGGCUUUCCACUAGACCUUUAAAACACACAUUAGAAGCUUUGGGAACACACAAGAUGAGAGGAGAAAUAGUUGGCCAAAAUGAAACUUUCCAUGGAGAGCACAGGCAGGAGAGACCAUCCCAGCACAGCCUCACCUGCUGUUGGGCUGCAGCAGGGACAUUUCUGGCCACCAGAGAUCUCUGGAGUUGGCCUUUCCCAUGUGGUUUUCUAAGCCAAAACAACCCCUUUGGAUUCCACUGGACUCUCAGCAGGUUUCCUAACUCUGGGAGAAGCAGUUCUGCAUGUCUUGCACUGCCAUAGCAGCUCAGUAUGUUAUU